AUGUGUCCGGAAAAUCACCCGCUCUAUAAAUGUAAAGUUUUUGCAAAACAAUCGAUCGAUAAUCGCUACAACACGGUCAAGUCAAAUCGCCUUUGUCACAACUGUUUCAAAUCAGGGCACCACACCCCGGCGUGCCCGAGCAAGUCGCGCUGCUCGCAUUGCCAAAAACCGCAUCACUCGUUGCUACAUCGCGACUACGCGACCUCGAGCGAUGCUCAAAACUCGAACACCCCUGCGGACUCGACGAACGCGCCCGUGGCGAGCGGUUCUACGGCGAGUACCGCACACGCAUUGGUGCAAGCCGUACCGCCUCAAUUGUAUGCGCCGCGUCAAAUCUUGCUCGCGACCGCAUGGGUGAAUGUGCACACGUGUGAAGGACGCACUGUGCGUGCUCGCGCGUUAUUGGAUCAAGGAUCCACCUUUAGUUUUAUUUCCGAGUCAUUAUGCCAAACUCUUAGGACCAGGCGUCAGCGCACCCACUUGCAAAUUCGCUGUUUUGGGGACAAAUACACAGGUGCUGCGCGUUCGUGCGUGCCUCUUUCGCUUUCCUCCUGCGUUACGCCGGGCUCCACAUUUCCAUUGCUGGCCUAUGUAUAUCAAAAAAUCACUGCCUACGCCGCGUCUCAGACCCAGCCGGUCGAUUCUUGGCCGCAUUUGCGCGGGCUGGCUCUCGCGGAUUCCGACCCGUCAAGUCGAGAUCCCAUUCACCUGUUAAUUGGAGCGGAUCUGUAUGGCUCACUCUUGCAGAACGACAUACGGCAGGGUCCUCCCGGAACGCCUACCGCGCAAUCAACAGUCUUUGGCUGGGUCCUCUCAGGCCCAGCGGGCACCUCGCCCUCUCCCUCCUCGUCCGCCCAGGUAAACACCUGCGCCGCGAUAGAGGAUCUUAAUUCACUAGUUCAAAGAUUCUGGAGCGACGAAGACGUCCCGUCUUCCUCGCCUCCGCUCACCGACGAUGAGCAAAAGUGCGAAGAGCACUUUGCCUCAUCGUACACGCGCACCCCUCAAGGUCGCUAUGUGGUGCGCCUCCCCUUCCGGGAAGCACCACCCCUCUCUAUCGGAGCAUCAUUUCCGAUAGCGCGUAAGUUGUAUGCUAGGCUUGAACAACGGCUCUUGCGCGACACCGCCCUGGCUCAGGCUUACCACGACUUUCUUAGAGAGUAUCACACUCUCGGUCACAUGGAACGUGUCUCGGAAAUCGUUCCCCCUCCGCAUCGCGCCGCGUAUAUCCCUCAUCACGCGGUCACUCGGGAGGAGAGUAGCACCACCAAAUUGAGAGUAGUGUUCAAUGCUUCGUGUCGGACCUCCAGCGGUACGACGCUCAACGAGCACCUCUUAAUUGGGCCGAAAUUGCAGCAGGAUCUCGCUGCGAUCAUGCUGCGAUGGCGGCAGUUUCAAUUUGUCUAUACCGCCGACGUGGCCAAGAUGUACCGCCAAAUUUUGGUGCAUCCGGAUGACGUCGACUACCAGCGGAUUUUGUGGCGACCCCCGGGCGCUUCGGAUCUUCAACACUACCGACUCCUUACAGUAACGUACGGCACUGCGUGUGCCCCGUACCUCGCAUUAAAGGUUCUGCAACAGUUAGCGACCGACGAUGGUCAUCUCUUCCCAAAAGCGGUCCCGAUCGUUCGCGACUCGAUUUACGUCGACGACGCAUUAUUUGGCGCCGACGAAAUAACACAACUGGUAGAGCUUCGCGAACAACUCGUGUCCCUACUCAAACGCGGCCAGUUCACUUUGCGUAAGUGGACGGCUAAUACACGCGAAUUAUUAAACGAUCUUCCACCCGACCAGAAAGCAAUAUCAGAUUUACACUUCUGCAAGGAUGAUUCGCUCAAAGUCCUGGGGUUAUCGUGGUUGCCCCGCGAGGACGCCUUUCAAUUUAAAGUUUCGUGCUACAACGCUAUCGCGACGAAGCGUUCCGUCCUAGCAUUCACCGCAAAAUUAUAUGAUCCGCACGGAUGGGCCGCCCCGGCCAUUAUUCCCGCCAAGAUUCUCAUGCAGGAACUUUGGCUGGCGAGCGGCAAGGCGAGAACGAUCGAACAGAAAAAGGCGAUACAGGAGACUAUCCAGGGAAUGGCCCUAGAGGUAUUUCAGUUAGGACUUCGUGAGGAAACGCAAACUAUAGUGCGCUCGCGAAAUUACGCGACUUUAGAGGAAGCGAUUCUGGGAGCUACUGCGGAAAAGAAAUUAAAAAGACCUCAGAAUAAGGCAAAUUACUAUAAUAAUAGAUACAGAAAUGAACAGGGUAAACCGAAGGUAGAACAAAGUGCGAGCUUGCAGUGCCAUAAGUGCGGCAAGACGGGACAUAUAGGGCAAGAAUGCCGAACAAGCAGAUACGCGAACCGAUUUAAUUUGGCGAGAUUUCCCCGCGGAGCCGGACCCCGUUGUGCCAGCGGCACAACAUUAUUGGUGGCAGCGGUGGGAUCUGAACCGGAAGCUCCAGCCAAUCCCUAG